GUACAUCACAUCUGACUGUGAUGCGGUGUCCAUCAUCCACGAAGCACAGAAUUACGCAAAAUCUCCGGAAGAUGCGGUGGCUGAUGUCCUCAGUGCGGGAAUGGACGUCAACUGUGGUUCGUAUCUGCGGAAACACACGAAAUCGGCUGUGGAGCAGAAGAAAGUACCAAUUGCUCAUAUAGACCGAGCACUUCGCAACCUCUUCGCUGUUAGAAUGAGAUUAGGUUUGUUUGAUGGCAACCCAACCAAUCUGCCUUAUGGCCAAAUUGGUUCAGACCAAGUUUGCUCACAACAGCACCAAAGUCUGGCUCUCCAAGCUGCAAGAGAUGGCAUUGUUCUUCUAAAGAAUGCUGCGAAACUCCUUCCGCUUUCCAAAUCAAAAACGCGUUCACUUGCUGUUAUAGGCCACAAUGCCGAUGACCCGAUUGUGCUUAGAGGAAAUUAUGCAGGCACCCCUUGCAAAUCUGUUACCCCAUUGCAGGGUUUGAAGAGAUAUGUUAAGAACACUAUUUACCACAGAGGCUGCAACUGGGCUAAUUGUACCGAGGCUACAAUUGAUCAGGCAGUCAAUAUAGCAAGAAAGGUGGAUUAUGUAGUGUUGGUUUUGGGGCUGGAUCAAACUCAAGAAAGAGAAGACUUCGAUCGUGUGCAGUUGGGGCUCCCGGGAAAGCAAGACGAACUCAUUGCUGCAGUCGCCAAAGCUGCGAAAAGACCAGUUGUUUUGGUGAUUCUCAGUGGAGGUCCAGUCGAUAUAUCUGCAGCCAAGUAUAACGGGAAGAUAGGAAGCAUCUUGUGGGCUGGUUAUCCAGGGCAAGACGGAGGAACUGCCCUUGCAGAGAUCAUAUUUGGAGAUCACAAUCCAGGAGGAAGAUUGCCAGUAACUUGGUAUCCACGUGAUUUCGUCAAAGUCCCAAUGACAGACAUGAGAAUGAGAGCAGACCCUUCAACAGGCUAUCCUGGGCGUACCUACCGCUUCUAUAAUGGACCAAAAGUCUACGAAUUCGGUUACGGUCUCAGCUACUCUAACUAUCUCUAUGAAUUCACAUUACUUACUGAAAGCAAAAUGUACCUAAGCCAUCCAACGGCAGCCACUCGGCCAGCCAAGAACUCCGACUCAGUCCGUUGCCUACUCGCCUCUAACCUGGACACGAAGUUCUGCGAGAGCAAGGCUGCAAAAGUCACCGUGGGAGUUAGAAACGAAGGGGAAAUGGCAGGGAAGCAUACGAUAUUGCUGUUUGCGAAGCCUGCAAAACCCGUAAACGGGAGUCCUGUGAAACUUCUGGUGGGAUUCAAGAAGGUGGAGAUAAAAUCAGGGGAGAGAACUGAUGUUGAGUUUUUGGUGAACCCUUGUGAGCAUCUAAGCAAGGCUAAUGAAGAGGGAUUGAAGGUUAUACAAGAAGGGUCUUAUUCAUUGGUUGUGGGAGAUGUGGAGCAUCCUCUUGAUAUCUUUGUUUGAUAUCUGGGAGUAAAUUGAAAUUAUGAGUUCACACACAGGAGAUUGUAUCUACUGCAAGUAACUUCAAUGGUGUGCUGCCUACAAUGGAAGGAAGUGCAGGUUUCUAAGAGAACCUGAGUCAGAGUGAAUAAUUCAAAGGAAGUUGAGCUAUCUUCAUUAUGUGCUCCACUCCAUUAUUAAGAGUUCUAAUAAAAUCACAUCACUUUCUUAUCCCCUCCCCCUUUUCAUGUAUCCAUGCCUAGUAGCAUUUCUGAAGAUGAAAAAGUAUGAGUGACUUUGUAAUGACUUGAAAUGCUUGGUUCUUAAGAACUUAAUAUGAAGUGAAAAUACUCUAUUUUAAGA